AUGGAUUUUGCAAGUAAGGGGGAAUGUGCCAGAGGCCGCUUUGUUCUCGGACCCGAACGGAUCUCGGCGCCGCCUAAGAAGUUGGCGGAGGUGAAGUCAACUUCUUCUUCGUCUUCUUCACCCUCUUCUUGCUCUUCGACCGUUUUUAAGAUGCGGCUUUCCGCUCUUUUACUUUGCUGUAUUCCAAUUGCUUGCCCAUUGCCCUGCUUCGGCCACUUUCUUCCCGCCACCAGACGACACCAGGACCUGCAGCGACACCACUUUUACGAUGACUAUUUCAGCUUCGCAGAUCAAGACUCCGCCAACAACAGUCAGGCGAAAGAAGACCUUGCACGUAACUUGGGUAUUUUAGAUGCCGAUUUUGAAUCGGCAGCUAUCGGAAAACAAGAAGAUUCAACACUCUCCUCUGAUGGGUAUCACGGAGAAGCGGCAGAGUGGUAUUCAGGCGUUCUAGACAAACUUGAACGCAUCGCCAGACAUGAAGAGCCAACUCAGGAGUGGAUGAACAUAAAGCUUGAACCUUCUGCAUCCCUUGAUAAUGUUGCUGAUUCGACAACUGCCUGGAGGGCCGGGAAUGCCACUCGUUUCCGCCCAGCACUCCAGGAAGAACCAAUUGGCCUACAUUCUGCCUUGCAGCUGUCGGCUAGCGAAGCCACAGAAGCGCCCGAACAUCCAGAACAUGGUUCCUCGUCUGAGGGUAGCUCUGCGAAAGAAUUGGUGCAAGAGGCUGGGGAAGCACCGAAACCCGAGGAUACCUCGAAACCUGCACAAGCAGGUUUCGGGGGAGGAACGCUGACGGAAAAUAUGCUUGCUAAGGGUGUAGGGGAUUUUCAGGUGAUUGAAGAUGAAAAUGCACUCGAUACAGACUCAAUUGUGACUAUUUUGUACAACUUUCCCCUGCAGACCAUGGAAAGCAAGCAAAUUGCUUUCGUUGUCGUGGCGCUUCCCCCCAAAUAUUCUACAAAGGAAGGCGACUCCAUAUGCGAUUCGUUGGACCCUGAAGUACCUCCAUUGAAGUGUUCGGCAAGAAGAGCAUACAUGAAGAACAGACCGGAAUCUUUAAGCACUUUUGUUACCAUUUCAAGCGCAGAUAGCUCCAAAAGUUUGCCUUUAGGUCGGCAUUCUUUCCGCAUAGCUGUGCAUACACCGCAGGAAACCCUGUCUGUGGAGCUGCCGGCGAACUGGUGGUUCGCGACAUUCCGCUUCACAGGAGGCCAUGCCAUAACAAAGCAUUGGGAAAAUCGGAAACUUAUCAGCAAACGCGGCUGCAUAUGGGGAGAAUGGCGUCAAGAAACGCCUUGCAGUACAACGUGCGGAGGAGGUUUCGAGAUUUGGACUCGUAGUCUGUAUGCAGGGGAAAGCGAGGAAGCUUGUGGCGGUGCCUUCAUGAAAAGACGUUGUCAAGGUGAAGAGUGUAGUCUGAAUUGCCAAUUAGGUGAAUGGGAAACAAUGGCAGACUGCACAAAGAGUUGUCAGGCAACAGAAAACGAUGCCUUCAAGAUCCGAAUCCGCAAGGUUCUGAUGGAGCGCAAAGGUUUCGGUAGCUCUUGUGCUGAAAUGCAUCCUUGGGAUGCCGAAUUAGGCAUAGGAUGGAGCGAAAAGAUGCAAGCAGUUGUUAGUUUAUCUCCUUGUUCAGAAAAGUUUCAGAAGCCUUGUCCGGAGAUGUUGGGUUGCCGCGUGGAUGAAAGAAACACCCGCACUAUUCCUGAUGCUUUCCCUUGGGGUGCUUGUCCGUUUCCCUGUGGUGGCUUUGGCCAUAUAACUUCUAUUGUACAAGUAGCUAAUGGCAUUCCUCGUUGGGUAGGAGAACAACAGUUUCCUGAUAACUUUCAGAUCCCUUGCCGUGCAGAUAAAGAACCUCUCGUAUCUACUCGCCCUUGCAACACAGAAGCGUGCGAAGAUUGUUCUGUAUAUAUUGAGAACCCUAUCUUUGGUAGAGCUACUCGUGCUUGGUUCUUCUUUCUUCCUACAACAGAAGCAGACAGUGCAGAAGUCACGGCACCAAGGGGGGUGCGUAUCAUUCAGGUUCCUCCAGCAGGAAAAGGGACCCAAGUGCAGCACGAGCAGCAGCAACAACAACAGCAGCAGCAACAACAACAGCAGCAACAUCAGCAGCAGCAGCAACAGCAGCAGGAUUUCAAGGUGUCACCACUCUCUAACGUAUUGCCCCCAGCAGCAGGCAAGGCUCAUUCGUUACCUACUGCUGCUGCAGUAUCACCAGAUCAGGUAAUAACGAAUAAAGAAAGACUUGGCACUUGUGAAAAUAUUGCAACUUCCUUCGGUCCUGUUGCUUCUUGCUCUGUCUUCCCUUCUCGUCAUUAUGCAAACUCUGAAGCAGCGCUGCUGCGUCUAUCAGCUGUCAUUGAACCUGCAGCAGAAGUAGAGAAGAGAGAAUCGGAGGCCCCUGUAGGGGCCCACACCUUCCCCGCUACCAGUCCGGCAAGCAGCAGCAGCAGCACAGCAGGAGGCAGCAGCAAGGGUGGUAGCAGCAGACGUCGCCCUCAAUGGUUUGCAUUGCCUGUAUUAUUAGGGUCUAGGGAAGCAAUGGAGGAUGCGGGUAACUUUUAUUUAUGGUUAACACGUAGUAAAUAUCCAAAUGAUCCUGAGGUAUUUAAAUGUCAUUUAAGGACACAACUCUCUCUUCCUCGUAGAUGUAAAUUCUCUUAUAGACCUAAAGACCCAAAAGAUUGCAUGCAGUGUCUUCCUGGGGCUUUUAAACAAAUAGAGACUUAUAGAAAAUUCGUUCCUAGUCAACAUGGUGGAUCAUGCGAUUUACCACAUGAAUUGCAGCAGCAAGGGGAAGUACUUGUUAAGACUAGCUGUAUCAAGAGUUGCAGCCAACUGGGACAGCAGCAACUCGCUGCUGUUGCUGCAGCAGCUGCUGCUGCUGCUGCAGGAAAAGAAGUACCAGAAAUACCAGCAGUUGAAGUACCAAUAAAACCAGCAAAGGAAAAACUUCCAUCUAGUCUGGAGAGAAUCAGCAGGAAAGAUCUAUCGGACUUUAUUAGUAAGAAAAAGAGAAUAGGGGGAAAGGGUGGCAUUCCUGCCGCUCCUACUGCUCCUCCUAUUGGUGCGGCGCCUCUUGCUGCUGCAGAAAAAGAGACCCUCCUGCCUGUUGAUGAUAAGUCAAUGCCGGUCUUCGGUAAGGAGAAGAAAACUUCUCACGAAAAGAAGAAGAAGCACAAGAAGCAUCAGAAGAAAGAGGAAAAAGAGGAGGAAGAGCAGCAGCCUGAAAAACACCCUGCAAAAGAAGAAGAAACAGCAGCAGCAGCAGCAGCAGCAGAACCAAAAGAGGGGGAAGCAAAACCAUCCAAAGAAGCUGCAGCAGCAGAACCCGUGCCAACAGAAGAAAAGUCAGAAGCAGCAGCCCCAACAGCAGCAGCACCAGAAGCAGAAACAGUGCGCGAACAUCCUUCGGCGGCCCCACAAGGCCACGCAGAAGGAGAAAGCAAACCAGCUGCGUCCACAGGUGCAGCGGAAUCAGCAGCGGCAGGGGAGUCAGCAGCAGAGUCAGCAGCGGAGCCAGCAGCGGCAGCAGCAGAAUCAGCUGCAGCUGCAGCAGAGCCAGCAGCAGCAGCAGCAGAAUCAGCUGCAGCAGCAGCGGAGUCAGCAGCAGAAUCAGCAGGAGAAUCAGCAUCAGCAGCUAAAGCGCCAGCAGCAGAGGAGCAUGCUGCAGAAGCCAAGCCGAAGGAAACAGGAGCAGCAGCAACUGCGGCAGAGACCCCUGCUGCUGCAGAAGCAGAAGGAGAGGGUGAAAGUGCUGCUGCUUCUGAAGAGAAGGAAGAGGGAAAGGAAGAGUCAAAGGAAGAGAAAGAAUCCUCUGCUACUGCAUCAGGUAAAGAAGAAGCAGCAGAGAGCAGCAGCGAGGGAGGAGAGAAGGAAAGUGCAGCAGAGAAGCAGCAGGAAGAAACAGAAGAAAAAGAAGAAGAAUCAUCUAAAGGAGAAACAGAAGGAACAGAAAGUCCUGAAGAGGAAGAAAAUGCUUCAGAGCAAAGUUGA